AUGAUUGAAUAUAACAUACGACCUGAAACUAUUAUUGUCACUACAUUCACAAAGAAAGCUGCAAAUGAAAUGAAGGAAAGAUUGGCUUCAAUGUUGGAGAACACAAAUCUACCAAUUAAUCGAUUGAUAAUUGGUACUUUCCAUAGUAUUUGUAACAGAAUAUUACAUCAAUAUGGCCAUGUCACAAAUCUUCAAAAGUUUAAGAUUGCUGCUGAUAGAGAUUGGAAUCAUAUAAUGAACUCGGUGAUUGAUCCUAUAACAGAAGAUGUUGCUAAUAUUAGAGACCUUGUUAAAAUUGGUAAAUUAGAAAGUGGUGAAUUUUUACCUAUAGAGAGAAGUCAAGGUACUUCUGAAAAACCGUAUGACUUAAAAAGUGUUAAGAAGCAGAUAUCUAAGCUCAAAUCUAAAGGUUUAUAUCCAAAUGAAUACCAACAACAAAGAGAUCAUAAUAAAGAAUUAUAUGCAAUAUUCACAGAGUUUCAAAAUAAACUUGAAGCACAAAAGAUGAUGGACUUUGACGAUCUCUUGAUUAAGACAAAUCAACUACUUAAAGAACAUAAUGUGCUCAGUAAGAUCAAUCAUGUCUUGGUUGAUGAAUUUCAAGAUACAAAUACGAUUCAGCUUGAAUUAGUGAGUAGAUUUGCUAAAGGCAAUUCAAUAAACAACAAUUGUAUAACUGUUGUUGGUGAUCCAGAUCAAAGUAUUUAUCGCUUUAGAGAUGCAGUUUCAAUUAAUUUUGAUCUGAUGAGAAAAUUAUAUCCAGAAUGUGAUGUUGUACAACUUAAUCAAAAUUAUCGUUCCACGUCAGGGGUGUUGGAUUUAAGUGAAGCAUUAAUGACACAACAAGAAAAAAGAAUUGGGAAAUCUUUAAUUUCAAGUUUUCAACAUGAUUUUAGUCCCGUUUAUAAAACACAUGAUUCAAAAGAGGAUGAAGCUGUAUAUAUAGCUAAUGAAAUCAAAUAUUUAAGAUCUUUACCUGGACUAUUUGACUAUUCAGAUUUUUCAAUCUUGGUAAGGGCUGCAUAUCAAAGUAGAGCAUUAGAGAAGGCAUUAGUUGAGAGAAAGAUCCCAUAUAAAAUUGUGAAAGGUAAAGCAUUUUGGGAAAGGAAGGAAGUUGAAAUGAUUAUAGAUUUAUUGAGAAUGGUUGCAUAUGAUGAUGAUAAACCAGCUCUUUUGAGGACUCUUCAAUCACAAACUUCAGGAAUUGGGCCUGUUGCUAUUAAGAAAAUUGAUGCUAUAUUAGAAGCAGGAAUAAAAAAUGGUGAAAGUGUUUAUGCAACGUUGAAUAAAAUUGGUGAUGGUGAAGGUGAAAUAAAAGGUAUUAGUCCAAAGAUACAAAAUUUAAUUAAAGGUUAUACAAAUUUGAUUAACGAUGCUAGAUUAUUAGCUAUAAGUGAAUCUGUUGAACUUGAUGCAUUGGUGAAAGUAUUUGAUUAUUUCACAAAAAAUGGGGCUUUAAACGACCUGCUUCUGAAUGAUGAAGAAAGAAAACAAAACGUAACUGAAGUUAAAAAUCAAUUAAUAGUUUUUGAACCUAUUGAAGAUGAAAUAUUAGAUCUUAAUGAUGAAAUACCCGUUGAGCUUGAAGAUGAAGAAGAAACUCUAUUACAAAGUUUCCUUUCCUCUAUUCAACUUUAUUCAACUCAUGAUAAAGAAGGUGCUGGAAACGAUGGUGAAGUUUGUAUAUCAACAAUUCAUUCUGCUAAAGGUUUAGAAUGGCCGGUUGUUUUCGUUCCCGGUUUAACUGAAGGUUCACUUCCAGCUGGUUAUGCAACAAAAGAUGCAGAUGAUGAAGAAGCAUUAAAUGAAGAAAGAAGAAUAUUCUAUGUUGCUACUACAAGAUCUCAACAAUUGUUAUAUAUAACGACACCUUUAUCAGGUGGUCCAGGGUGGUCAGAUCGUGAAGUUGAACCAUCAAGAUUUAUUUCAAGUAAAAAAGUUCAAAAAUUAAUGAGAGAUAAUCAAGAAGCUUUACAAAAUUGGGAUAACGUGAAUGUGUUAUAUCAAAGUUUUGAUAAAUCAAUUACAGAUGAAUCAGGGGUCAAGAAAGUGUUAAAAGAUUAUAAGGAAUAUUGGAAGAGAAAGAACAACGAAGGUUUAAACAAAGAUACUUACGAGGAAGAUCAUAGUUAUGAUUAUCCUAGUUAUUCUACUUUUAAACGUCGUUUAUCUUUUUUAAAUGAUAAAAGAUACCAUUCAACGUUUGCAAAACCCCAGAUUGAAGAUUCAAAACCACUUCCUCCACCUGGAGUGAAAACAUUUGCGCCAAAAACUCAAAUCAAAAUCAAUUCAAUAACUAAACAUACACCUUCAAAUAAUAUACAUAAAAUCAACCAUGCUCCAAUUUUUAAACAAUCCUUAAAUUCAUCAUCCUCAAAAACCACAACAACUGCUUCAAGUAUAACAAAAAUUAACACCACUAUAAAUCGUGCAUCAACAACAUAUAUUACUACAGUAUCAUCAGGGAAUGAAAAUCCUCCAAAGAGAAAGAAAACACUUGGUGUGAGAAGAAGAUUUUAA